AUGUCUACCGGCAAGCGUCUGGCGAAGCGGUCGAUCGUCGGCACCCGCGUGUGCGCUCCCGGCACCGACGGCAUCUGGUACUCGGGCAAGAUCGAGUUCGUGAAGACGGCCAACGAGCAGCAGCCGAAAGAUGCGUCGUCGUCCUCCUCGGCCUCGUCCACGGCCGCCGCCGCCUCCGUUAUUCCGGGGCUGACGACGCCGGCCCGGUACACGGUGCGGUUCGACAACAUGAAGGACCUGGCGGCUGGCGAGCUGGGGCUGGUGCGUGAGUUCCGCGAAACCGAGCUGAUCGGGCCCGGCUUCCGGACGAUCGCGGACGUGAAGCUCCGCCCGGGCCAGAAGGUCUUCUUGACCUACAACGGGCGCGAGAAUGCCGGCGAGGUGCUGACCCACGACGACCUGAAGGACGAGGUGAAGGUGCGCAUCGUGGUCGCCAACGCAGCCAACGGAGCCAACGGUGCCGCCCAAGAG